UCUCCCCCUUUGGGCCUUCCUCCUCCUCCUCCUCCUCCUUAACCUUGCAGCCAUGGUGGAGGCCUGGUACAUGGACGAAGCCCCGGGGGACCAGCGGAAGCCCCACCGGCAGGACCCCAACCAGCCCGCCAGCCUGGAACUGCUCAGCCAGCUGGGCGUUUUCUAUUGGAAAUUGGAUGCUGACAACUAUGAGAAUGAUCCACAAUUAGCAAAGAUUCGGAAGGAGAGGAACUACAAUUGGAUGGAUAUAAUCACGAUACAUAAAGAUAAGAUGCCAAAUUAUGAAGAAAAGAUAAAAAUAUUUUAUGAAGAGCACUUACACCUGGAUGAUGAGAUUCGCUACAUCCUGGAAGGAAGUGGGUAUUUUGAUGUCCGUGAUAAAGACGACAAAUGGAUCCGGAUUGCCAUGGAAAAGGGGGACAUGAUCACACUUCCCGCUGGCAUCUAUCACCGAUUUACCCUGGACGAGUCUAAUUAUGUGAAGGCAAUGAGGCUCUUUGUUGGAGAACCUGUGUGGACGGCAUACAACAGGCCAGCAGAUCACUUUCCUGCUCGAGCCCAGUACCAGCAGUUUUUGGCACAAGCAGUACAAUAAAUGAACAGGGAAAGCACGA